AUGUCGCGCAAUCAAUUACCGGAUUCAUCUUCUUCGCCACCUAUUAGUCACAUAUCUUUCCAUAAUUUUGAUGAUGAUAUGAUAAGCGACUUACCAUCCUGUGUGUAUGCAGGUGCGAAUGUUGGAACCGGAAAUGGAAAUUUGCGAAUGAAUUCAAAUAAUUUUAGGCAAAUGCAACAGCAGUACAUGCAGCAACAACAAAAAAACAUUUUAGACUCAUCGAGCAACAACAUCGGAUUAAAUUCAAAUAACACUACAUCACUGAUCUGCGGCAGUAGUCCAAAUCAUAACAAUACCAAUUCAUAUAAUGCGACAUCGUAUAAAAUUCAGAGACAGCAGGCCAAUGUGCGAGAAAGGAAGCGAAUCCAGAGGUCGGCACCAACUGGGUACAACAAUAUAUGUAGUAUAAAUUCAGCCUUUGAUGAAUUAAGGGUCCAUGUGCCCACAUUCCCCUAUGAGAAACGCUUAAGUAAAAUCGAUACUUUGCGUUUGGCCAUUGCUUAUAUUUCGUUGCUGCGAGAAGUUUUACAAUCUGACUACGACCCAUUGACAUAUGUGGAGAAAUGUUUGAGAGGUGAAAUCAAAGCCGACAAAGCCAAUUGGAACACCAGUGAUUUAACAGCCCGUUUGUCAUGGAUAAACUGGGAGAAUCUGGGAGUACAUCCAGGAAGAAGAACUUUAUUGACAUCAUUGGCUCUUUCAUCAGAGCCCAUGUGUGGAGCUCACUGCGGCCCACCAUAA